GUAUCCGUGUGAUAGUCUACCCAUCUCGUUUGCAGUACGGAACAAUAUUUACUGCUUUUUAUAGAAACAGAAGUAUCAUUUCUGAAAAAUGAAGGAAAAACCAUCGAUGAAUAUAUGCAUUUAUUAUCUUUGUGCUUCACGCUAGAAAACAUCCCUAAGACACGCGCUGUAACAUGUAACACACUGGCUACACUUUCCACCUUUCCCAACGGUGUCAAAUCGUGUACAGUCAGUCAGACGUGGCUCGGCUGGAACCUGUCGGUGGGGGAAUGACACGAAUGUACACGGCAGGUUACAUGGCGCACAACCUUUAUCUAUUGUGGGCGAGUCAGCAGGUCCUGUACAGUUCGACCUCCAGACUUUGAUGCUCGUGUUUACGUCCCGGGAACGUGAGGGCGGAAGUCGGACUUGAGCUACAUGGAGAUACCUGGCUAGGAGGUGAUGUUUGUGUAUAACUCUUUCAAAUUUUACUGGUCUGUAAGAAGUAAACAGAAUAUUGAAAUGAUGACAAGGCUGGAUUUUCUACAACACAGUUGCUUAGGAUUUUCCCCGGCCUGGUCAUUCACACAAAAAUUCUUCAUGUUGUUGGCUUGUGUCCCCGCUGUUAUUUUCUCAGCUGCAGAUGUAGGGAGCAAGAAUAGGUGCACAGUGUCACCUGUGCUACCUCUCAGUGAUGCUGUCCUUACCUGUUACUUUCCCGAGGACAUCAGUGUAACUAAGAAAGACUUCACUGUCUAUCAUUAUGCUCGGCCUGGAAGUCCAGUUGCUGUUAUUGACUGCUGGUGGAUAAAAGGCAAACUCGACUGCUAUUCUCAACUUGGUGUGGAGUACAAUAAAACUGUUGGCAAGGACCUGACAGCUACAAUCAAACAAGUGACUUCAGCCCACACCGGCAAAUACGCUUGUCAGGUGUCCGGCUAUGAGGCCAGCUCUUUGGAAAUUUGCGAGUUGCAUUUAAAACUCGGGACCGAGAACACCUGCAGAAUUACCUAUGACAAGUCUGAGAGUCAAGCGAGGCUCGACUGCUUUUUUAACGAAAACCUCGCAGAGACAAGAAAAAGUUUCGCUGUAUAUAGAAGCUACGGUCAAGACAAACAAGCAGUUCUGGUCGAAUGUUUGUGGGAGAACAACCAGCCAAAAUGUCAGGUUGCCAGUGGUUACCAGCUUCAAGAUGCAGUGUCUUCCUAUCUUACUCUGUGGAUACAGGAAGUGACGAAAGAGAAGGAAGGCAAUUAUUAUUGCUUGCCUGCGGGUUCCUUAAUUACUCAGCAGAGCACUUGCUUCUUGUCCAUGUCUGAAGAAGAUGAAGUAGACGACAAUUUGGUGAUUGGCCUUUUACUGGGCUUCCUGCUUUUGGCUGUGACUGUGGCGGUUGGCAUCUUUUUACUGAGAUUUAUAAAAACUGCUAAUCAUCUAACAGAGACAGACGGUGAAAGUCAAAGGAUAUUAAACGUCAAAGAAAACACAAAUAUGUUUGAGGAACAUCUAAAGAGCACAGUUCAAAGGAUGUAUCCUAACAUGCCCGAAUCCUUCUACUUUGUGCCUCCACUUUACUUCAACAAAUGUCGAUACAAACCCCAGUGUGUGGCUGACCAAGUCAUCUACGUACCUCACAGUGCUGACCUCAGUGACGUCAGACAUGACCAGGCCAUGCACCAUGUCCUGCAGUGCCUUCAUCACAUGGCUAAGCAGGAGCAGGAACACAUGUUUGUCCUGACACAGUUCCAGUAUGAAGACUACUUGAACAACCCGGGUGUUGACUUUGAACGGCAUUGCCUCCCUUUACCUUCUGGUUUGGUAGACGAGGACAAGAGUGUCGCCUGCUUUGACUUUCUCGUCGUUCAUCAAGCUCAUGGUAUAUUAGUUGGAGUGGUCAAGGCUGUCAGUGACGAGGACCAAGAUGUACAGCAAGCGACUGAUGUUGUGGUCAGUAAACAGCGAGAUGGAGAUGAUUUCAUAGAAUCACAAGUUGUUGAAGCUGUACAGCAACUGAAGAAGGCUGUUCGUAUGAUAAAUCAUCUUAUGUCCGAUCACAAGCCGUUUCCAGGAAUUCGGCAGACUUUGAUGUUACCGAGACUGACAAGACAAGCAUUACUGCGAGCUGUUGUGGGUAACACAGAACUGGUUGAGAACUUGAGGAAUUGCCUAGGAGCAACAGCUGCCAAAGAUCCCACUGAUUUCUGUUUGUGUGCUGAAGACCUGUCGGAUACGACCGGAUAUAAUAUGAUUAAUUGUAUACAGGAAAGCUGGAAGUGGCUGGUUGAUCGUAAAGAGGAAGGCAAUAUGACACAAACAUUGUAUCUCAGCAUGAUAGCCAGAUUUUUUGGACCUGCCACACAGUCCACUCUGAUGGUUCCAGAUGACUGUGAACAUUUCGUGUUGCCAAAGACUCUGGCCGAAGCUGUGUCCUUAACAGGAGACUUGUACGAACGUCUGAUGUUAAAUCAGGACAUGGUUGAUCUGCUUGAAGAACCGAUAUUAUUUCUUGGGGGACCACCAAACUCCGGCAAAACAAGAAUGAUGACUCUUGUAGGAAACAAAUGGCUGUCUGAGGGUCAUGAUGUCUUUAUUGUCAACGACUCUUCUUCUAAAAGCUAUCCCUUACUUUCACAUCAGUUGAAAACAUUGACAGCAAGGCACGAAAGUGAUUUAAGUGAUAAUUCAACACGUGGCCGCAUUUAUGAAAAUGAAUGUAACUUCACAUCGGAUGUGUCUCUCAAAACAUCCAUCGACAAGAUGAUCACAAAAGCAGAGGGAAAGGAUCUCUAUGUCCUAGUUGAUGGGGCACAUCUUCACGGGGAAAAGGUAGAGAAAAUGUUGGAAAUCAUUUCUAGUCGAGCUUCAAGUGUUAGCAUGUGGGUGAGCUGCAGUCCUGAGGGUAUGUCCUCAGUGUCAGUCCCACACAAGCUCCUUGACAACCACCUGCAUUGUCCACCCGCUAUCAUUAAAAGAAUGGCAGAAGAAUCACAUGGAUGUGCUAAGACACAAAAUACAAGUCACUGCCCAGCACCUACAGACGGUCCGGCAGUUCUCAAUAUCUUUCACAAGUAUUCAUUAUUAAAUCCCUGGGGACAUGACUGUGUUGAUUGUGGGCUGGAGGUGGGCAGCUUUCUGACCAAACACCUUCUCGUCUCUGAGUCCAAUUAUGCCACAACGAAAUUACAGAAAAAUAAUUCUGAAAAUGACAAGGACGUUACAGAUUCAGCAAUGUGGGAAACAAAAGGAUUGUAUCUGCACUUCAAUGACAUUCUCAUUAUAUUUGAAGAUUCUGGUAACAGUAAAGACUACGGUUUCUUAACAGGACUGAGAAAAUCAGGUGUCAGAGUGCAGACUGUGACAGAUGAAAGCCAUUUCGAUGUUGAACACAGUGACUGUGCGUGGGCGAUGGACAUCGAUCACUUGCUUAAGUACAAAAUAAACAGAAAAAUUCUUGUUUAUGUGGAAAAAAGUUCUGAAUGUCAAAAUGUAGAAAACAAGGUAUUAGCUUUCAGUCACUGUACAUCUCAGCUGGUUGUGGUGAAAUCUUCCUUGUAAAUUAAUCGACUACUUGGUAGUCUGUUGUCCAAAAUAGUCAUAAAUGUUUAAACAUUUUGAAUACUGUUUACUAUUGAUGUUUACUGAUUGUGAAAGACACCAUGCAGUCAAUGACUUCUGUUAACAAAUAUUUGAUGACAAGCUCUCUGGCCAACAUACAGGGAUGCACAUCCAUGAUCCGCGCUCACACACUUACUUCCUCGCACGCAAGUGCGCAACACACCUAGGAUCGGACAUACUAUAUGUUUAUCUUUUAUAAACCCAUCUAUGCCUUUUUUUUCAAUUAAAGAAA